GGUGGGGAGAGUGCAGGCAUUAGGACCACUGGAGAACAGGGCAAAGAUAUGCAGUAACUGAAGCACACAGCUUGUAAGAGACAGGGAAGCGAGAUGCAGAGACAAAGAGUAAGUGGAGAACACAGGAAAGGGGCAGAAAAGGAGAAAAAUACCUGGAAUCAGAAAGUGAAGGGGGACUGAAAGAGAAGAUCUAAAAGCAGAGAAUAAAUAUCAGAAGGAAGGAGCUGCAUAAAGUUUGAGGAAAUAGUGUGGGAGGGGGUGUAGGAAGAGAAAGGAGGGAGGAGAGAGGGUAAAGUGGGGGAGAAAGAUACAGCACAAACAGGAAGCAAGUGGAAGAAAUGGAGAGAGAAAAACAGGGAUGGCAUGAGAGAGGAAAUACAUAAAGGUAUAGAAGGGAGAGCAGAGCAGCUGAGAAGGAAGAAGUGAAGGUUACUGAGGAGGUAACAAGAUAACAGGGGAAUGAGAAGAAAGAAUGGGACUAUUUCCUAUAUGGAUUUUUACAGAGCUUAGCUCCAUUACUCAAUAUUGUGUCUGACAGCUGCAGAGCAUCAUUUCAUCUUCUGAUUGAGACCUACAGAGCACCUCUGUAUUUGCUGAGAUCUACAGAACAUCACUCUAUCUAACACCUGGAUUGUAUUGUUCCAUCAUUGCAUCUCCAGCAUGAUACCUAUGUGGCAUUGCUCCAUCUCUGCAUCUCCUGUCUGAGACUUACAGAGCAUAGUUACAUUAUUCCAUCUCCUGCCUGAGACUUAAAGAGCAUAGUUACGUUAUUCCAUCUCCUGCCUGAGACUUACAGAGCAUAGUUACAUUAUUCCAUCUCCUGCCUGAGACUUACAGAGCAUAGUUACGUUAUUCCAUCUCCUGCCUGAGACUUACAGAGCAUAGUUACAUUAUUCCAUCUCCUGCCUGAGAAGUACAGAGCAUAGUUACGUUAUUCCAUCUCCUGCCUGAGACUUACAGAGCAUAGUUACGUUAUUCCAUCUCCUGCCUGAGACUUACAGAGCAUAGUUACAUUAUUCCAUAUCCUGCCUGACACUUACAGAGAAUCAUUCCAUCAUUAGCUAUCCUGAAAAGAAACAUUCUAUGAAUCAUUCCUGCUAGUGUACUUCACCUACAUGUUUUCAGUUUGCCCAUCAUUAUGUUUGAUUAUUACUAAUUUUAUAACCCUUUCAACAACUGCACCUAUUUGCAUCUCUCCUUAGCGCCUUUUCCUGCCUGGUAAGGAAAGGAGAUACCAACAUGGUUCUUUUAGAAAAACUUUGCUUGUGGCUUUCAGGACUUUCCCUAGCCCUGGGGCAAGAGGGCUGGGGGCAAAUGAUUCAGUGGGAAGAGAGUGGGAGGCGUUAUCGGCUGCUAAAUUCUGGUUCUGAAUACCAAGCUGCAGGUGGAGGCACAGGAGGAACUCGGGUUCUGCUGGAUGGUAGCCGUGGAGGAGGUUCAGACCUCCGUCGGCAGGCACCCACCCAAUCCCGUACUUCAUCACAAACUGUGAGGGGAAACACCCGACAUCCCUUUGGAUUUGGACAGGUGCCUGACAACUGGAGAGAAGGGGGUGAGACAGUAGGUACUGGACGCUUCAUUCCAUCAGCAAGAGGAAGUGGUGGGAGAACACGCCAGGUCCCUUCACAAAAUUCUGUGGCUCAACCAUUUGUUCCCAGGCCACAGCCUCCCUAUGUCCCCCAUGUCCCCCAGCCUGAAUUUUAUCAUCAGGGGUAUGAAGACAGCUAUGGAUACCCUCAGGGAGGAGGAAGCUAUGUCCAGCCAUGGGGUGGAGGAUAUGAGGAGGCUUGGGAGGAACCCUCUCCUCCUUUUGGGCAACCCCCUUAUUUUGCUGCUCCCCCCAUCCAGCCCCAACAGCAGUCUCCCCCAGCUAACCCAUCAUUGCCUCAAGAUGGUCUAGACAGGCGUUUUUCCCAUAGUCUAUUUCAAGGAGGUGAAAGAAUCCCAGAAAGUGAACCAGUAUAUCCAGCAACUGGUGGUGGUGGUGGUGGUGGGAAUGUGGGCUUGCCUCCCUUUGGAGGAGUGGGACUUGGAGAAGGAGGAUAUUAUGGUGCCCAAAGGCCAGAACCAUAUCUGCCACCUGCCAAUGUACCCAGUGUCCCAGCUACAGGAGGUGAAGCCCAAGGUGGUCAACAAAGCAGAGUCAGUGUGGGAAGUGUGUUCAGAGGUAACCAGAAUGCUAGAGGUCUCCCUGAUUUAGUUCCUGAUCCACAUUAUGUCCAGGCUUCUACCUAUAUCCAGAGAGCUCAUCUCUAUUCACUCCGAUGUGCAGCAGAGGAACGCUGCCUCUCAAGCUCUGCGUACAGUGCUGAAUCUUCAGAUUACGAUGUCAGAGUUCUACUCCGUUUCCCGCAGCGAGUCAAAAAUCAGGGAACUGCUGACUUUCUGCCUACCCGCCCCCGUCAAACCUGGGAAUGGCACAGUUGUCAUCAACACUAUCAUAGCAUGGAUGAAUUCAGUCACUAUGAUCUACUAGAUGCCACCACAGGCAGGAAGGUCGCAGAAGGGCACAAGGCCAGCUUCUGUCUGGAGGAUACCACCUGUGACUUUGGCAACCUUAAGAGAUAUGCAUGCACUUCACACACUCAGGGUCUGAGUCCUGGUUGUUAUGACACGUACAAUGCAGAUAUCGACUGUCAGUGGAUUGACAUCACUGAAGUGAAACCUGGGAACUAUAUUCUCAAAGUUGUGGUGAACCCCAAGUAUAAAGUGCAGGAAUCUGACUUCACUAAUAAUGUGGUGAGGUGCAAUAUCCACUACACAGGACGUUACGUGUCUACCACCAACUGCAGAAUUACACAGUCCUGAACAAGCCUUUACAAGGAGAAUCUUACCUCCGAAGGAUUUAUAUCCUACCCCAAAUACGUAGAAAUGUCUUCUCCCCCCCUUGAAACACCUGUGUAAAAAUUCCUCACUUUUUCCAAUAAAAUACAUUUCACUUUU